CUACCUCUCUCUCUCUCUCUCAAGCUCACAAAAGAUGAAGUACCCAAGGAAAUCAUUCCUCAUGGUAUUGCUCAUUGCAGUAGCGGCAUUCAAUGCUGCAUCUGCAACACCAUCAUCUUCACAAGGAGGAGGCUCGUACCUUGCUUAUGGGGAAGAAGACGAUGUUCCGGGUGAGACCGGCGAUUCGUCCUCCCUCGAAACCCUGGAGCCACCCACUUCUCUCCGAGGCACGGGCCGGCUCCUUGCAGAGGCCACCAGCUUGAGGACCGCGCUGACGUGCAACAAGUACCCGAGGAUCUGCCGGGCCAAGGGAAGCCCCGGGCCGGACUGUUGCAACAAGAAGUGCGUGAACGUGAGCACCGACAGGCUGAACUGCGGGAUGUGCGGGCACAAGUGCAGGUACUCGGAGAUAUGCUGCAAAGGUCAGUGCGUGAACGCCAUGUUCGACAAGAAGCAUUGCGGGGGUUGCAACAACAAGUGCAAGAGGAAGAAUUCUGCUUGUGUCUAUGGGAUGUGCAGCUAUGCAUGAAUGUGAAGCGGCGUGAAGAUUUGGAGUCGAAGGGUCUGAAGCAAAUUGUGCAGUUAUCAUCGUAUUAAGUGAAUUUGUUGGUAACUUGGUACAUUUUGUAUAUGAGGUACUAUUUAGAAAGUCUUGAUUUGUUUUUAUGUUACUGAAGGUAAUAAAGGCAAGGCCAACAUCAUCGUGGUUGAUUGGACCUUUUGCCCCCAAAAUUGUCAUCGUUCAAGCUAGUUUAAACGUAAUAAGAGCGGUUUUGUUAUUUUUUA